UAAUUUGCUUGAAAUGUAAAGUACGUGUUUUGGAAGCUCAUCCUAAAUAAAGUGUAGUAAAUGAAAGACCUGAAGAAGGACGAGUGUUGAUGCGUCCUGUUAUUAGCUCUGUAUGAGGAGAAUGAUGUAGCAGUACAGUGUGACUGUCAGCACAUCUGAACAGCUACCCUGUGGGGGGGAGGGGGGUCCGGUCAGCUGGGGAUGGACAGUGCUCCUCUGCUGUGUAAGCUCUUUACACUCCUCGAGCUGUAAGCUCUUAUUGUACAAUGCUGCGGACACUCUCAGCCACUCAGUGAAACCCAGGCCACCACUGAAGGAAAUAAGCUGGAGUACCCGUGUCCUUGCUAGCUGCUUGUUCCUAAUCCUGGCUGAGGUAAUCCUCAAGGUCGAACUGGACCACGUGUUCCUGCACUGCUACACAAAACACUUCAGGGUUACACUGUUUAUGUCUGCCAUCUCUAAAAUGGUGAUAAUAUUAAAGGGGGUAUUCUGUUCUAAAGAAAACAUACAACUGGUGUCAAAUGUUGUUUUUUGGCCUUUUCUCACUAUUAUGGAGUUGCAAUGAUUGUAUAUUUUUCAUUCAAGUAAAAACUGUUUCCCUCCCUGAUCCACAGCAUGAAAUAAUAUUGAAUGUACAGACUUAGACAAUAAAGAUGAGUCAUAUUGACCCUCAUUCUUUCCCCUCCUCCAGGGUAAAGUAACAAAGGGAGCGUACCGGUUCCACGCUGUGAUAACGACCUUCGAGAUGAUUCUGACCGACUGUCCGGAGCUGCGCAACGUGAAUUGGCGCUGUGUGGUGAUAGACGAAGCCCACCGCCUCAAAAACCGAAACUGCAAACUACUUGAAGGACUUAAAAUGAUGGACAUGGAGCACAAAGUCCUGCUGACAGGGACUCCUCUCCAGAACACGGUGGAGGAGCUCUUCAGCUUACUCAACUUCCUGGAGCCCGAGCGCUUUCCCUCUGAACUGACAUUCAUGAGUGAAUUUGGAGACCUAAAGACUGAAGAGCAGGUCCAGAAACUGCAGGCCAUUCUAAAGCCCAUGAUGCUGAGAAGACUGAAGGAGGAUGUGGAGAAGAACCUGGCCCCCAAGGAGGAGACCAUCAUAGAGGUGGAGCUGACCAACAUGCAGAAGAAAUACUAUCGGGCCAUUCUGGAGAAGAAUUUCACUUUCCUGUCCAAAGGAGGAGCAGGUGGAGGAGCAGGAGUCCCCAACCUCCUCAACACCAUGAUGGAACUGAGGAAAUGCUGCAACCACCCAUACCUCAUUACUGGAGCGGAGGAGAAGAUUGCGGAGGAGUUCAGGGAAUCCCACGGUGGCCGGGCAGACAUGCCUGACAUGGCCCUCCAAGCCAUGGUGCAGGCUGCUGGCAAGCUGGUGCUCAUCGACAAGCUGCUCCCCAAACUGAAGGCGGGGGGCCACAGAGUGCUGGUGUUCAGUCAGAUGGUGCGCUGCCUGGACAUUCUGGAGGACUACCUCAUCCAGAAACGAUAUCCUUAUGAGCGUAUAGACGGCAGAGUGCGUGGUAACCUACGUCAGGCUGCCAUCGACCGCUUCUCCAAACCUGACUCGGACCGCUUCGUGUUCCUUCUGUGCACGAGGGCCGGGGGCUUAGGCAUCAACCUGACGGCAGCCGACACCUGCAUCAUAUUUGACUCUGACUGGAACCCUCAGAACGACCUGCAGGCCCAGGCCAGGUGUCAUCGUAUUGGCCAGUCCAAGGCGGUGAAGAUCUACCGGCUGAUCACCAGGAACAGCUACGAGAGGGAGAUGUUCGACAAGGCCAGUCUGAAGCUGGGGCUCGAUAAGGCCGUUUUGCAGAGCAUGAGCGGACGAGAGAACAGCAACAGCGGGCAGUUGUCCAAGAAGGAGGUUGAGGACCUGCUGAGGAAGGGAGCGUACGGAGCUUUGAUGGACGAGGAAGACGAGGGAUCAAAGUUCUGUGAGGAAGACAUCGACCAGAUCCUCCAGAGACGAACACACACCAUCACCAUCGAGUCUGAGGGCAAGGGCUCUACCUUUGCUAAGGCCAGUUUUGUUGCAGCUGGUAACCGAACAGACAUUUCUCUGGAGGACCCAGACUUCUGGCAAAAAUGGGCCAAGAAGGCUGAGCUGGACAUGGACGCCAUGAAUGGACGGAACACGCUGGUGAUCGACACACCGAGGGUGAGGAAGCAGACCCGGCACUUCAGCAGCGCCAAAGAGGAUGAAAUGCUCGAGUUCUCGGAGCUGGAGAGUGAAGACGACGAACCGAGCCGACCCUCGUCCAAACCGCGACGGCCCCAAGACAAAGCCCAGGGGUACCCCCGAUCUGAGUGCUUCCGAGUGGAGAAGAACCUGCUGGUCUACGGGUGGGGUAGGUGGAAUGACAUCCUGACUCACGGUCGCUUCAAACGGCCCCUGAAGGAGUCGGAUGUGGAGAAGAUCUGCAGAGCGCUGCUGGCCUACUGCCUGCUGCAUUACCGUGGAGACGAGAACAUCAAGAGCUUCAUCUGGGACCUGAUCAACCCCAGUGAGGAUGGGACCACCAAGCUGCUGACCAACCACUCUGGUCUCUCUACUCCAGUCCCUCGGGGCAGGAAGGGCAAGAAGGGGAAGCCUGCGGCUCCGACUCCGCAGACGCCAAGAGCUGAUUGGCUGGCCAGCUGCAACCCUGACCACAUCCUGCAGGAGGACAGCUACAAGAGACAUCUGAAACACCACUGUAACAAGGUGCUGCUGAGGGUGAGGAUGCUGUACUAUCUGCGUCAGGAAGUCAUCGGCGAUCAGGCCGAACGCAUUCUGGAAAGAGCUGACUCCAG